CUCCCUUGCGUGACGCAAAUAGACAGGGAUCAGCGCUAAACGAGGCCACGCAUUGUCUGCCCUCCCUUGGUUGCAAGCGAGCAACGUGAUUGGCCCAGGCCUCGGAAAGAGUGCCCGGGGAUCCAAAUGUACAGGCCGCAUUUAGCUUAGUGUCGAAAAAUAUACCCAAACAAUAACAGACAAAACCGAGAAAGAAGAAAUAACGACGAUAUAUUUGAAGGAGUCCAUAAUCAGGGUUCUCUCCCCCGAUGGAAGGAAGAAACACCAGCAACACACUGUUCUUAUUUUAGAGAGCAUUGGCAUCAAAUGUGAAGAUCAAAGAGAUGGACCACGGCGGAGGGAUCCUGGAGCUACACACACAGGAGUUAAAGAUGCCUCACACCAUGAUCAUGCAGGACUUUGUGGCAGGAAUGAGGGGCCUGGCCCACAUCGAAGGGGAUCACAUUGUGGUAUCCAUGCCAGAGGGCAUGCUCCUGUCUGACGUCAUGACGGACGAAGGCAUUCUGCUGGAGCACGGCCUGGAGGUGGAGGGCCUCGAGACGGAGGUGGAGGGCCUCGAGACGGAGGUGGAGGGCCUCGAGACGGAGGUGGAGGGCCUCGAGACGGAGGUGGAAGGCCUAGAGACGGAGGUGGAAGGCCUAGAGACGGAGGUGGACGGCCUAGAGACGGAGGUGGACGGCCUAGAGACGGAGGUGGACGGCCUAGAGACGGAGGUGGUGGAGCUGGAGACACAUAUGGUCGAGGGCCUCGAGGAAGACCUAGAGACGGAGGUGAUUGAAGGCCCUGACAUCGGCCACAAGCACUUGCUGGGCACCGAAGUGGCUAUGGACUCUCACCACCUUCACCAUGUUCUAACCUCAGACCUCAUUCAGGGCUCAGUCCACCAUCACCACCACAUGCCAGACCAGCUCUUUGUGGAGCACCAGGAGGAGGACGGGGUGGAGGGCUUGGACCAGGAGGUGCUUGUUGGGGAGGAGUUGGGGCAGGAGGAGACAGUGAUCCAGGCCCACGAGGAGCUGGAGGUGGAGGCUGUCUCUCUGCAGCCUGAUGAGGAUGAGGAGGAUGUGAAGAGCACCUCGGAGGACUACCUCAUGAUCUCCUUGGAUGACGUUGGUGAGAAGCUGGACAUAGGAGACACUCCUCUAGAGAUCACUACUGAGGUGAUGCAGGACGACGCCUCCAACAAGGAGGGGUCAGAGGUCAUCAAGGUCUACAUUUUCAAAGCGGAGGCCGAUGACGAUGUGGAGAUAGAUGUGUCAGACAUGGCAGAGCAGGUGUACAUGGARGUGAUUGUAGGAGAGGAGGAGACCUCAGCAGUCCAGGAGAACCAGCUAGAUGACUCUCCAAACAGCAAGAUGUUUGUCCCGGUCUCCUGGGCUGCUGCCUACGAUAACAGUGUGGACACAGUGAAGAAUGGAGGGACCAGGCCCUACAUCCAGAUCAGAGACAGUCAGGGUACCAACAGAGCCCUCAAACAGAAGAUCAAGAAGAAGAAGAGGAAUGGCGAAACACGGCAGUGCCAGACCGCUGUGAUCAUCGGUCCAGACGGCAUGCCCCUGACCGUCUACCCCUGUCACAUCUGUGGUAAGAAGUUCAGGUCACAAGGCUUCCUCAAGUGCCACAUGAAGAACCAUCCUGACCACCACGUUAAGAARUACCAGUGUACCGACUGUGACUUCACCACCAACAAGAAGGUCAACUUCCACAACCACCUGGAGUCCCACAAGCUACUGGUCCAUCGCAGUGACAGAGACAGAACCUCUUCCCCAGAGUACCCAGAAUACAACAGGACCACCCCAGAGUACCCAGAAUACAACAGGACCACCGCAGAGUACCCAGAAUACAACAGGACCUACACAGAAUACACCCGKCGUUACCACGAAGACAGCCAGCUAGGKUCUAACAAGCUGAUCCUGAGGGACAAGGAGUCYAAACUGCACCACUGUAAGUACUGUGACUAUGAGACUGCAGAGCAGGGGCUCCUYAACCGCCACCUAUUGGCCGUUCACAGUAGGAAYUUCGCCCACGUGUGCGUGGAGUGUGCUAAAGGCUUCCGUCACCCGUCRGAGCUCAAGAAGCACAUGCGGACCCACACGGGCGAGAAGCCGUACUGCUGCCCGCACUGUGACUUUCGCUGUGCAGACCAGUCCAACCUAAAGACUCACAUCAAGAGCAARCACGGUGCCGACCUGCCUUUUAAGUGUGGCCACUGCCCCCAGGCCUACGCAGACGAGGGGGAGCUGCAGCGGCACACAGAGAUGGUGCAGGGACACAAGACCCACCAGUGUCCCCACUGUGAACACAAGAGCACCAACUCCUCUGAUCUAAAACGACACAUYAUAUCUGUUCACACCAAAGACUUCCCUCACCAGUGUGACGUGUGUGAGAAGGGCUUCCACCGGCCCUCUGAGCUGAAGAAACACUCCGAGACGCACAAGGGCAGCAAGGUGCACCAGUGCAGGCACUGUAACUUCACGACCUCUGACCCUUUCACCCUCAGCAGACACAUCCUGUCCGUUCACACCAAGGACCUCCCCUUUAAGUGUAAACGCUGCCGGCGAGGGUUCCGCCAGUCCACGGAGCUGAAGAAACAYAUGAAGACCCACAGCGGGAGGAARGUGUACCAGUGUCAGUACUGCGAGUACAACAGCCCGGACGCUUCAGGAUUCAAACGCCACGUGAUCUCGAUCCACACCAAGGAAUACCCCCACUGCUGUGACUACUGUUGUAAAGGCUUCAGAAGGCCCUCGGAGAAGAGUCAGCACAUAGCCAGACAUCACAAAGAUAUGCUGAUGGAACGWUGUGAAUACAGUGACGACACAACGUUACCCGGAUAGAAACAGACUGCACACACUCCUCAGUCUACGUAGACCUGUUUCACACGACAAAGGGGGGAACGCGUUUAGRCAGUUGAUAAGGAUGGAAUGGUACAUUUAGACUGGUAGCGAUGAUAACAUUCUGACUGACUGCUUCUCUUUUUCUACUGGUUGUAUAGAGUAGGAAUAGGUCUCACCAGACCCCCCCCCAUUCCCUCUCCCCCAGGUGUAAUCAAACUAAGGAUAUUGUGGAAGUUGGAGAAGAUUAAAACCAGGGUACAUGUAGUCUUUAUGUAUGUAUUUAUCUGCAGAGAGAGGAUUCACCA